AUGGCGAAAUUAAUGGGUGAGGCCACUUGUUCGGUAUCUAUGGACGUUUUGCCUAACAAACGAGAUGUUAUUACAUCAAGAGAUGCAGAGGACAUUUUACAAGCUGAAUGUUCUUUGAAAGCUCUAAAGAGUAUUGCGAAGCGACCACCGGUCAACAUCCUCUUCAAUAACGUCGAGUACAGUGUCAAUUCUUACACAGGUGAACGUAGAAUACUACACAAUGUAUCGGGUGAAUUUAGAUCCGGGGAACUGUCUUGCAUUCUUGGUCCUUCGGGCGCGGGCAAAUCAACGUUGCUCAACAUUUUAACAGGGUACACAAACAUUGGAGUCAAUGGUUCAAUUGAAGUAAAUGGGCAAACCCGUGACAUGAGACUGUUUAAGAAGCUUAGCUGUUAUAUAAUGCAAGACAAUCUUCUGCAGCCGCGGCUAACAACUUUAGAGGCUUUGCGUAUUGCUGCCGAUCUAAAACUGGGAACUGAUUUGACAAAAAACGAUAAGGACCUUAUUGUAACCGAGGUCCUGCAAACCUUAGGACUUUGGAAGCAUAGGCACACCAUCUGCGAGCGAUUGUCCGGUGGCCAAUCAAGGCGACUUACCAUAGCGUUGGAAUUGGUUAAUAAUCCACCAGUCAUAUUCCUUGACGAGCCGACAUCUGGUUUAGAUGUAGUAUCCGUUAGGCAACUGAUAGUUUUGCUGCGCAUGCUCUCUCGCCAAGGCCGCACUGUGAUCUGCACAAUACAUCAGCCAUCCGCUUCUCUGUUUGAGUUUUUCGACAAUGUUUAUAUUGUCUGUAAAGGAAGAUGUUGUUAUCAGGGGACGUUCCCGCUGCUUGUACCGUUUCUAGCAGAGGUUGGAUUUGUAUGCCCCAUCUCACACAAUCCAGCGGAUUUCGUCAUUGAAACUCUUACCGAUGAAACCGCUGCAAUAAAACUAAUGUCGGAGCUUUGUGAAAACGGAAAAAUAUGCAGAAAGACUAACCAUUUCACAAACACAAGGACAAAUAUAAUGGUAAUAAAUGACAAGAAAGAAACAAGUCAGGAGUUUACUAAAGAACAAAUGCAAAUUAUGGGUUCUUCCACAUCCUUUUUUACACAAUUUAUCAUUUUGAUGAAACGAAUGUAUAUUCAAGGUAAACGGAAUAAGAUAAGUUUGAUGAUACAAUUAUCGACAUAUCUUUUCUGUGCUAUUCUGAUGGGUGGCAUAUUUUAUCUUGUCGGCAAUGAAGGCAGCACUCCUAUGGCUAAUUGCAAAUUUUACCUUAGUGUUUUAGUAUUUUUUGUCUACACACACGCAAUGAUACCCAUUUUGCUCUUUCCGACCGAGAUACGGAUCAUGCGCCGAGAGUAUUUUAAUCAAUGGUAUGGACUUAAAGCUUUCUAUGCUGCACUGACGUUUUCGACGAUUCCUUCGGCCAUAUUUUUUGGAACGAUUUUUACAACAAUAGCAUACGUCAUGUCCGGUCAGCUUUUUGAAUGGAAUAGAUACAUUUUAUUUCUGUUUGCUGCGCUUUUAACGGGAUUUUGUUCUGAGGGAGUUGGUUUAGCUAUUGGGUCUGCGUUAAAUGCCACGAAUGGAUCCAUCCUAGGGCCGGCUAUCGUAUCGCCACUUCUAGUUUUGUGUUGCUAUGGAAUGGGCUUCGGGAUGUACAUUGAGCCAAAU